UCGACUUGCAGUCCUUCGCUGGGGAGGUCAGGGAUCCAUCAAAUCCCUCUCAGAUGCUGCUUUUCAGGAGGAUCGCUCAGGAAGAUCCAAGUCAGGAUACAUCAGGAGGAAAGAGUCAAAUGAAGUUGUCUGCUCUUUAUGAUGGAGAUGAAAUAGUGAUAAAACUUCCAACUCAAGAGGAUCUCGCGGCCUUCAAGGAGGUGGCUGUGUAUUUCUCCGAGGAGGAGUGGUCUCAGCUGGAUCCUGACCAAAAAGCGCUGCAUUGGGAAGUCAUGCUGGAAAAUUAUAGGAACGUGACCUCUCUGG